GGACUGUUCACAUGUUUGUGUCUGGAAAUAGUACAUCUAGAAUCAACAAUUUUCACAUGGUUUGUUUAUUGCUUGGAAGAAGAUGGAGAAGAAGAGGUUGAGAUCCAGGACUUUUGUCUACUGCUCAAAUCUUCUGUUUUUGAUGUCAGGAUUUGCUGUCAUGUCCCUUGGGGUUUUGCUUCUCAUUGACAGCGAACGAAUUCUCCUGUCGAGGCUCGUUGGAUCCAGCGACAUCCACACGGAUCAGCCCCUGUUCUACUAUCUCUCCUUUGUGAUGGUAGGAAUGGGUUUUGUCAUAUCUGUCACAGGACUCUUGGGCUACUGGGCCUCUUGUUUCACCAGCAGAUGCGUCACUACUUGGUACGUGAUGUCACUGAUUCUUCUUUUAUUGGGAGAAUUUUCAUGUUGUGUCAUAGCAGUAUUUUGGCCCCAUUUACUGGGCAUAGAAAUUCGCUCCAGCAAAUUAGUCCGCGCUCUUCAACGGAAUUACGCACUACCUGGACGUGAACAGUUCACUGCAGCUCUGGACCUCGCACAAACAGCUUUUUCCUGCUGCGGUAUCAACGGAAGCAGUAAUUACGGUACCUCGUGGUGGCGACUGCAGGAAGUCGGGCGCCGGGACCUGGUCGUACCCCUUACCUGCUGCACCCUCAACAACACCCAAUCGCCGGAUGCUUUUCUAAAUCCACAACCUGCACAUCUUCGAUUGUGUCAGACCCUGAAUCCUCUCGAGCAUCAGCGUGCACGACACACUACGGGCUGUCUGGAUAUGAUAGAAAAAUGGACGCAGGAUCAGGCGUUAAUUUUUUUGGUGAUUGGUCUUAUCGUGAUGUUGAUUGAAAUAAGCGCUCUAUUGAGUACAAUAUUAGCUUGGUCGAAGUCAAGUCCGAAGAGGAAAACAAAUUUAUCGACAUUCACGUCGACUCAAACAUUGACUCAAUCUCCUGCAUUCACCAUUGAGCCUAAUCACAACUUUGGAAUGGAGAAUACACGAAACCACACAGACGGCUCCACCUUCUGCGGCAAGUCUUGAAAGUGGUUGGAGGACAGUGAGAGACAAAACACCUCAAAUUCAACGAAUAAUUACCGACGAAUUUCGGGCCCAUCGCCAAAAAAGC